GGUCCGAGGGCGCCGCGCCCUUGCCCUGGGCCCGGGCUCUGCCCGCCUCCGCCGGCCCGCGUCCCCGCGCUGCGCCGCCCGGCCGGGUGCAUGCAUUGUGGGCCUCCCGACAUGGUCUGCGAGACGAAGAUCGUGGCUGCGGAGGACCAUGAGGCACUGCCGGGGGCCAAGAAGGACGCGCUGCUCGCCGCCGGCGGAGCCAUGUGGCCCCCGCUGCCCGCCGCGCCCGGGCCGGCCGCCGCGCCCCCACCCGCGCCGGGUCCCCAGCCCCACGGAGGCACGGGGGGCGCGGGGCCGCCGGAGGGGCGCGGCGUGUGCAUCCGCGAGUUCCGCGCAGCCGAACAGGAGGCGGCGCGCCGCAUCUUCUACGACGGCAUCUUGGAGCGCAUCCCCAACACGGCUUUCCGCGGCCUGCGGCAGCACCCGCGCACUCAGCUGCUCUACGCCCUGCUGGCGGCCCUCUGUUUUGCUGUGACCCGCUCACUGCUGCUGACGUGCCUGGUGCCAGCCGGGCUCCUGGCUCUGCGCUACUACUACAGUCGAAAGGUGAUUCUGGCCUACCUGGAGUGUGCGCUGCACACGGACAUGGCUGACAUUGAGCAGUACUACAUGAAGCCACCUGGUUCCUGUUUCUGGGUGGCUGUGCUGGAUGGCAACGUUGUGGGCAUCGUGGCCGCAAGGGCCCACGAAGAGGACAACACGGUGGAGCUUCUCCGCAUGUCCGUGGACUCACGCUUCCGCGGCAAAGGCAUCGCCAAGGCUCUGGGCCGGAGGGUGUUGGAGUUCGCCAUGUUGCACAACUACUCUGCAGUGGUACUGGGCACCACAGCCGUUAAGGUGGCCGCCCACAAGCUCUAUGAGUCACUGGGCUUCAGACACAUGGGCGCAAGUGAUCACUAUGUGCUGCCUGGCAUGACCCUCUCGCUGGCCGAGCGCCUCUUCUUUCAGGUCCGCUACCACCGCUACCGCCUGCAGCUACGCGAGGAGUGACCACCACCACCUGCCCACCACCCUGUCUGCCCCCGUCCACCUCUGCCCUCCUGCUCGCUGCCCAGUGCGGCCCUGCUUUCCAAUGCUCACCUUGGCGUUAGUUUGGGUUUUCCUUUCUCAGCAUCACGCUGGUUCAUCACCUGGCUGGUUCUGGGGGCCACAGGGUGUUGCUCAUCUGCAACACUCUGGUGGGGUGGAUUGUCUGCAGCCACGGCCCUUGCCUCCCCAGCCCAUCAGAGUGGCUCGUCAUGCCUUGAAGAGUAGCAUUGUGGACCACCUGGACUAUCCACAAAGCUGCCCAGCCUGCCUCCAUCAGGGAAAGACUAGCCUUGCCCAUCAAGCACAGAACCUCUACAUCAAGCCCCCCAAGGAGCAGACCCCUGGCCCCCAGCCAGGCUAAGGCUCAGCCAUUGGCCUCUGGAAGAGUGGCCUGCUGGGCUGGCCAGCCACUGCCCUGUGGGAGGCCAAGCUGGCCCCAGGCCCUGCUUUGCCCUGUGCAUGCUGAGGACACGGCCUGGCUGCAGCAUGCCGCAUGCCACAGCCCCCUGCCCCUCUGCCCUGCCCAGCCUGGACCUCAGGCCCGAGCUGGUGAGCUCCCCUGUCCUGUCCUGAGCUGGCCUCUGGAGGGCCUACCUGCCUGACCCUGUCUGCUCUCUGGUGGGGCCUGGCCUGGCCUAACCUGGCUCUAUCCACUCCUGCUUUGCUUCGAAAUCAUCUUACCUCUUUCCCUUUUUGGUCCCCAUGCCUCCUUGCUCUGGCUGACUUGGCUGGUCACCCGGGUUUGGUUCCUGUAGCAAUCCACUGCACAGCAUGGUGGGGAUUUCAUGGGGGUGGGGGGGACACCUCCCCCAACACCUGUUAGACCAGGUGGCCCCCUCCCAGCUGCCCGAGGCCCUGUGGCCUCAUGCUGUUUGUGGGGUCUGCCCUGUGAAUGUAACUAGCUCAGGCUGUUGUUGGCAAUGCCUGCCACAGCUUUUCCCAGCCUGAAACAACCCAUUCUCUAAUAAGUUACGUAGACAGAAUAGCACUCUGCAUGACUUUAAUUCCUGGGACAAAAUGGUAGUUUGAGCCUCCAGACAGACACACAUCUGUGUGGUGCUAGCAUACACACGGUCUCUGGCCCCAUUUGAUGGGGGUGGGUGGCCGGGUAGGUGAAGACUUAAGUAUGGAUGGAGACUCUAAUUUAGUGUAACUGCUCCCAAAGUGCAUUCCUGGUCUGUGAGGCCUCAGGCUGCCCCUUGAAUCCUUGUGUGUAGGACUGAGGGGACUGGAGGGCCCUAAAGCCUCAUAGGAGGGUCUAGGCACUGCCUUGGGGGUAGGAGCUGGUGGAUGGGGUGGGUCCAGCCAUCUCACUAUAGACUACUCUGCUGGGCCAACUGUGCUCCUGGCCUCUCCCUUAUGAGGUCCCCACUUAGGGUCCAGCCUAGAUGGGGGGAGGGCUGGUGGCCUGGGACAGGGAAGGGAAGGUGGUGGCUGGUAGUGCUCAGGUGGCCAGGCUGAAACCUGGACUUAGCUUCAGUGCGGGGUGGGGGUGGGGCACAAAGGCCCAUCUACACCCUCUGUGUGGGGCUUGGGGACAAGGAGUGGCAGCCUGGGUAGGCCAUAGAGCUGGGCCCCUAGCACCAAGGCUACAUUCUUAAAAAGGCUCUUUAGAGUGAAUGAAUUGGUGGAACAAGCCCAGCUUCCCGAGGGGCCUUUUGUCCUGUUAGCAAUUGAGGCAUUUGCAGAACACUGUACAGACCCCGCUCUCCCCUGUACAUUCCUCCCUGGUGGUGCCCGGUCCCCUCUCGGGGAUGGGAGUUUUGUAGACUGUACAGAAAUUGGCACCCUAUUUUCUUGCAGCUCUCAGAUUUUGUUAAUCUGGAUUAUACAGACAGACGUAAAGUGUUUUAGCAAAAUGGAAAACAAACAGUUGUGCCUUUUUCCUCUUUUCUGUUUGGAUUGGUCUCGGCUUGGGGCUAGUCUUAGUUGUUGUGGGGGUACAGGGACUGCUGGUGUCUGAGGCUGGGGGUCAGAGGCUGCUGGUGGGUCUGAGGCCUGGGUGGGCCUAAGUGGGAGCCAGGUCUGCUGGACACCAUCAGCUGCCAAGGCUUCUCUGAUCCUGUGCCUUUGGGGCCUGCAGUCUUUGGGGUUGGAAGGGCACUGGGAUCACCUGGGCCAGGGCAGAGCUUGGGGAUCCCAUAGCCACCCAUGUUUCCUUGAUACUGACCUGGGAUGAACUCAUAGUAGAUUCCCCAAUCCUAGGAGCCUGGGGGGAAGGUGUGGUCCUUCUGGCCUAUUGGCACCUGCCCGCCCAAGGGGAUCUCUUCCUGCUGAACAGCCCACGGGUAAAGAGAAGCUUGCUGGGCUCUUGAUUAUUCGUUGUCUGCCUUUGGUUGCUGCCAAGACUUGGUAGAGAUGCCAGGAAUGGGUGGUGUGGUAGGUUCCAGCUGCACCAGGAUGGAGUUUCACCAGGCAGUAUGUAGCUUGGCAAGGCCUGAGGCCCUGGAGGUGCAUCUGUCUCCCUGGGCUGGAGGGAGCUGAGCAUGCUGAUGACUGGGCCUGGCCCUGUCCACUUCAUCCCAACCAGGGCUCUAAGUGCUCUGCACAUGUGCACUGAUGUGAAUUUUCUAUGUUUGUUGAGAUUCUGAUGUUUCUUCUACCUCUGUGGAGGCCCUCCUCCUUGUUCCACCUGGUGGCUAUGAGCUUGGUGCAGCUCCUUGAGUUUGCUGGCCAUCUCCCCCUCCCUCGGCCCUCCAAGCACCUGAGGUGGCCAGCACUUGUACUCCGGGCCUGGGAAGGCCCAGGGAAGGCCAGCCUGGGGUCUGGCCCUGUGCUCAGGAUCUGUGGCUUCCAGGAGUGCUAUUGUUUGCUUGGAAGCCUCUGUUUUAGAGUAGGGAGGGUGGAAGAGGUGGUGGAGUGUACCUACAGCAUAGACCUGGUGUACCACUGCUUGACUGUCCCCGGGCAGCUCCCACUGCCCAGGCAUGUGUCUCUGCAGAUGCCUAGUCUCAGCUGUAUGGCCAGGAGGCUGGCCUGCAUGUGCUAAGCUCUGGCCCCUUAAGGGUGGGGUGGCACACUCCUGAAUGUAGCGAGGCCAAGCCCUGAUGGACAUGGCAACCUCUCCCCUGUUCUCCCACCCCUGUGCUCACCCUCCACCCUAGCAUUGCCCUAACAGGGCUGGGCAGCAGCUGAGGGAUGUGCUAACCUGGUUGAGGUGGGAGAAGGCUCUGGCUGGGAGGCCCUGUAGAUAACAGGCUGGUGGUCUCAGGGGUUUGGACAGUUCCCAUCCUGCACUGGUACCCUUUGUCAGAGAAGGGGAUAGGUCAGAGCAUAGAGUCAGGGACACACCUGAGGGGAGCUGGAACUCUGUAAGCCACAGUAUCCUCACUUGCUGCUGGAAAGCACCCUGCCCAUUCCCACUUGCCUCUGCCAGCUCCAGGUGGCCCCACAGUCACAGCUUCCUGGAGCUGGCUUUCAGGGCUGUGCCUGGGGCUAGAGGCUUGGGGACAAAAGUUUCUGGGUCUUGCUGGUGCCUGGGGCUUCUUGGGGGCUGGGCAUGGCUUCCUAGCUGGGUAGGAGCUGUGCAGCACCCAUGAGGCUCCCUUCUGUCAGGGCCCAAGGGGCAGCCUGAAAGUUGACCUGAGGUGGUUGUGUCUCCCCGUCUGUGGUAGGUCGCACUGCUGCCGGCACUUGUUGCUACCUGUUCUCUGUCAAUUCUGGCCUCAGCAAUGGUCCUGUCCUUGGCUCUUGGCCACACUGCUGGGCAUGGGGCAGACCCUGGGCUGCGCUGCUCUUUGGUGCUGCCAUCACUGUGCUUCCAGCAGGGGUGGGGUCCAUGGAAGGUGGGCAGAGCUUGCCUGGUCUGGGUAGAAGAUGAGCCUUGACUUACCACUGUUGGAUGUAUUUUUUUUUAAACAGCAAUAAUUAGCCAUUUUAAAGAAGGGGUGUAGCUGCGUAAAUGUGCAUACCCACCUGUGUAUGUGCAUCUGUGCACACAUGUGUGAGCAUGUGCAUCUGAGAGUAUGUGUAUGCAUGUGUGAGCAUCUGUAUGAGUAGGUGUGUGUGUGCACAAGCACAUGCCAUUUGUAAUCAUGUGCUCAUGUGACUAUAUGUGCCCAAGAAAUCACAUUCAUGUGUUGCAUGUGUGUGAGCAUGUAUGAGUAUUUGUGUGUGCAUGUGUGGGCUUCUCCAUAUGUGUAUGGAUGUGUGCAUGUGUGUUGGUAUGUGCACAUGUGUAGCAGUGGGAGGGAACCAGUGGGAACAGUCUCUGAUCUGGGAGGCACUUUGUGGUAAGAAGCAGGGUCUUGCGGUUGUCUCUCACUGUGCCCUCCCCUGCCCUGCCCAGCUCCAUGUGAAUGUAGCACAACCCCACCAGGCCAGCUGAGCCUCUGCUGGCCCUCACUUCUGUCCAUCUCCCCCUCAGCUGAGGGUAGGGCAGAGAAGCUGGAGGCCCCUUGGACAGAACACAGCUGGGUUUGGUCAGGGUGCAGAGGGUGUGACACAGUGGCAGAUCUCACUGUUGUGGUUUUGUUCCUGAAUUUGUACUGUGAGCCCAUGAUGGGGGUGGGGGUGUCCUGAGACCCCAGGAUGUGCCAAAAUAGCCCCUAGGGCCAGGUGACGAGCCGAGUUCCCAAGAAGACAGGCUGGGGGCCCGAGUGGGUGUGUGCCCCUGCCUGCACGGCCCCCAAUGCUGCUGUUUUUCAAUAAAAUCAGAACUGAAGGAAA